AUGUCCACAGAAACUCAACCAGCGAUUAUAAAACGGUUAGAAGAAUCUCUAAUAAACCGUAUCGCAGCAGGAGAGAUAAUACAUAGACCUUCUUCUGCUCUCAAGGAGCUCCUUGAGAAUGCGUUGGAUGCUGGAGCUACUUCCAUCAAGAUAACAGCCAAGGAUGGCGGUUUGAAACUUUUACAAAUUCAAGACAAUGGAUCGGGAAUAAGAAAAGCAGAUCUGCCAAUACUCUGUGAACGAUUCACAACAUCCAAGUUGACAACCUUCGACGACCUCUCAGCGUUGACCACAUACGGAUUCCGAGGCGAGGCACUCGCAUCCAUUUCUCAUGUAGCACAUCUUUCUGUUGUGACAAAGACGAGAAGCGACUCUUGCGCGUGGAGAGCUUGCUAUGCCGAUGGUAUUCUGGUGCCUCCAAAACCUGGUCUUACUGCUGAUCCAAAGCCUUGCGCGGGAAACGAUGGUACUCUCUUAACGGUUGAGGAUCUUUUCUACAAUACACCAACGCGUCUGGCUGCUUUGAGAUCUAGUUCGGAUGAAUAUAAACGUAUACUCGAUGUGGUAACCCAAUACGCCGUUCACAAUCCCGCUAUCUCUUUCCAAUGCAAAAAAGUAAAUAGCCCUUUUGUGAUCUUUUCCUGGACACUGAUGAACGAUAAUAGGUCGGACAAGCGCAAUCUGAUGUCACCACUCCGGGUGGUUCCAGUGUUUUGCAAGCAAUUGGCCUUCUCUAUGGUACAUCUCUAUCAAAAGACCUGGUCCACGUCUCUAUCGACAAACAAAAAGAGAGAGAAACCCCCUGGAGUCCUCCUGAGUCGCCUUGUGAAUCCAACUAAUAUGAUAAAUGAUAGCCUCCUCGUUCAAGAAAUGCACGAGGUCAAAG